GCUCUUUAUUUACUUUACAAUUGGAAGUCUGAACUCGACUUUUUACAUUUUCUUUCUUCUCUCCGUCUCGUGUGUUUGCGUUAGUCAAACCUGUGGACAAAACAAACACAUAGACGUCUUUUUUUUCAGUUUUUCAAAUGAGGUGACGUUCAAAAACUGAAGAUUUAUUAAAGAUAUAUAGAGAAAGAUAGAGAGAUUAGUCAAAGAAUGCGUACAAAGUAAAGAUAGAUUCUUUGAAGCAGCAAAGGUGAGAGAAGCCCUCUUUCAUUCUGGUUCUAAAAAUUGAAUAGACGAUGGCUGAUAAUGGAAGAGUACACCCAGAUUGUGUUAAUGCUGCCAAUCCCUAUCAUGAAUGUGGUGUGGCUUGCCUUGAAAAGAUUGCACAAGGCCAUGUACGGCAGCCUAAGAAAAAAUCAGAUUAUCGCAAUGGUAUAAAAGAAGGUGGACUUAGCAAAAAGAUGGAUGGUGUUAGCAAAAAGGUGGAUGGAGGAAGAAGAGCAGAUCUAAGUUGCCCUAAAGCAUCUAAUCCUUUCCAUCAGUGUGACAAAUUUUGCUCUAAUGCCAAUCCUCAGGGGGUUAACAAAGAAUCAGGUUCCUUCAAAGCUUCUCUGAGCUUUGGCAAAAAAAGUAAAGGAUCUGACUCUCAACCCAUGUCUCCUCAAAGCAAUAAUAUUUCUGCUGUGAAAGCAGUUCGCCCUGCUGAUUCUAUGACACCUCGAUCUCCUUUUUCCGAUAAAAAGGUGGAAAACAAUAAUAUUUAUGAUGUGAAACCAGUUUACCCUGCUGACUCUAUGUCACCUCGAUCUCCUUUUCCCAAUAAAAAGAAGGUGGAAUCAGAGAAUAGUCAAUCUUCUUCUUCAUCCAGGCAACAUUCAGAUGAAAGUUAUUCUCAAGAUCAUUCUUUUGACAAGGGACAAGUUCCAUCCUCUGAAUAUGUGCCUACAUCUGGAAACUUAACGUCUGAUGGUCCCAAAAACCGUUCAAUUAGUAGCUUUACUUGUUUUGCUAUUGCACCACCAACAAAACAGGAGGAGAAUCAAGAGGUUGUUGCUUCCCCUGAGGCAGCUGCUUCUCCUACUGCUGAGGAUGCAAAAGUCAAACGUGCUCGUGAGGCUUUGAGCUUAACUUUUUCGGGCAUUUCCCGUGCUUCAGAAGAGAGUAGUGAUGGUGAAGUUCAGUCUGUCAUUUCUGAUUCCUGUGUGUCAGUUGGAAAAUACCAUGUGCGUUCAAAUUUUUCUGCUAUUUUACAGCAAAUACUUGAAAAAUAUGGGGAUAUAGCAGCAAACUGUCGGUUGGAAUCAACUUCCUUGCGCACUUAUUAUCUAGAAUGCUUAUGCUCUGUGGUUCAAGAGUUGCAGUCCACUUCUCUUAAUCAGCUAACAAAAUCCAAAGUAAAAGAAAUGUUGGCCGUUCUAAAGGAUGUAGAGUCUGCACAAAUUGAUGUUAGCUGGCUUCGAAGCAUACUGAAUGGACUUACAGAAGCUGUGGAGCUCAAUAAUCAACAACAAGCUGCAGAGGAAGCAAAAACAAACUGCGAUUGCACCAUAGAAUCUAUGAGGAAAGAGCUGGAGUCAAUGACAGAUGAUUUAGCUAAAAAAGAAAAGGCCAUUGCGGACACCAAGGCACAAAUUGAGGAAACAAAAGCUCGCUUGAGCAAGCUAGAGCUUGAAUCUGCUCAAUUCAGUGAUACCAUUUCAGCCAUCAAGUCGAAGGUUGAAAAGUUUCAUUUGAAGCCAUUGGCAGAUCAGAUCUUGUAACAAAAUUAUGAGGUAAAACAUUACUAAUUGAUGCAUCUAUUUAUGUUUCUACAUUCUAUGCUUGCUUAAAGUAAAUGCAAGGUACAAAAUCUUGUGAGUGAUAAUACUAGGCAUUUGUAUUUUGGUAUUUAUAGUACUUAAAAUAAGCUGUAUUGUUCAAAACAUGUAGUUUGAGGAUUUGAGUAACUUAGUACACAUGGGAUUGUUGGAUUUUUUUUCUUUCUUGCAGUUGCUUUGUAAUUCUCAUGAAGAAAAGUUAAUCUCACUAUGAUGUAUGCAUGUGAUUAUGUUGUCAUGAAGUAA